CGUGCAGCUGACUCAAACUCUCGACCUUUUACCCAGCCGCUGCUCAUUCGAAAUUGCUCUGCAGCUACAAAAAGAACCAGUGAGCCUCUGCAGGAAGACGCCAUCAUUGUGCAGAUACGCGCAUGGUCGGGCCGCAAAGCAUCAGCCAUCAGCCAUCGCCGACUCGACUCAUCUCAUCUCAUCAAACGCCUAUAAGCGGCCAGCUUCAGUAUCAAUCAAGCAGUCGGAUUCGGACAGGAGAGAGCUGUUUGAGUGAGGGAGACGUGCGCACAGAGAGGGGCCUUCUCUAGUGGCCAACGACAAAAGCCAACGACAAAAGUCAAGGAGAGAGAGUCAUAAGGACAAGGACAAAAACUCAAAAGAACAAUCGCAACCAUGGACAACCAAGUACAGGACCAGAUCGAACGCAAGGCGUCCCGUAAAUCCGUUGCCUUCACCGACGAACAACUAGUAGUCGAGACCGACGGCUCAAUAACCAUCAUGAGCGCCGCCGAGGAACCCAAGGAGACGGCUCUGUCACACACGCCUCGUACGCCGCCUUUGUCUGCCGCCCUCGGAGCCUUUGCUGAUAACUCAUCUCAAGCCGCCGCCGACGAACUUGCCCCUCCCGAAGAUGGCGGCCUUGAUUUGUCUCUCCUGAAAAAGAAGAAGAAGAAGAAGAAGGUUGAGGGUGCCGAUGCCGAUGCCGAAGCUGAGGAUGGAGCAGCCCCCGCCGAAGAUGGAGGUCUUGACCUGACCAUGAAGAAGAAGAAGAAGAAGGUCAAGAAGGCUGAGGGUGCCGAGGAGGAUGAGUUUACUGCCAAGCUGAAGCAGCUCGAGGUUAAGGACGCCGAAGAGGCCGAGGAGGCAGUUCAGGAGGAUGAGGGUGACAUGGAGACCGGCACCGGUGUCUGGACCCACGACGAGUCCAAGACCAUCCCUUACACCAUGCUGCUCUCCCGCUUCUUCACCGUCCUGUCACAAAAGAACCCCGACCACUCACUCAGCGGCACCAAGAGCUACAAGAUCCCCCCUCCCCAGUGCAUGCGUGAAGGCAACAGGAAAACUGUCUUUGCCAACAUUGCCGAUAUCAGCAAGCGCAUGAAGCGAACCGAGGAACAUCUCACCGCCUACCUGUUUGCCGAAUUGGGUACAAACGGCUCCGUUGACGGAAAUAGGAGAUUGGUCAUCAAGGGUCGAUUCCAGCAGAAGCAGAUUGAAAACGUCGUAAGAAAAUACAUAAUCGAGUACGUUACCUGCAAAACUUGCAGGUCGCCCGAUACCGAGCUUAACAAGGGUGAGAACCGUCUGUACUUCAUCACUUGCAACAACUGCGGUUCACGACGAUCCGUUACGGCUAUCAAGACUGGUUUCUCUGCCCAGAUCGGCAAGAGAAAGAAGAUGCAGGGUUAAGAUUGACCUGCUUCUUCUAUACGUGUGCGUAUGUAUUCCAUAUCCAAUAAGAUGCUUGAUUUUCAAAGCGAUGUUUCUGCGACGGCAAUUCUGCCUUAUUGGAUCGAUCUGAGACACCAUUUCAGUUUCAUCCUAGGCCCUUCACAUGGUGUUAAACACGGGGUGAAAUGGAUAUCAAGGUGGUGGAGGAAAUGGAAAAAGCGGUAAGCCCAAGCUGCAAGGGUCCAACGGCCGUGUUUAUGUUGGGGGAGGAAUGUACAAAGCAAGUUGCUCUUGAUCUACUAUGGAGAUGGAGACAGAUGAGAUACAUAGCGGUCGUCAUAUGCCUAACGCCGAAAUGAUUUGACGUUUGACACAAUGCUGUUUCUCCUAGAAGGAAGGGUGUCAAUAUUUACGUAUUCGUGC